AUGAAAAUGAGCCAGCUGGGAACAGUUUAUGCCACCAAAAGGAGGCGUCGUAAUGGCAAAAGCAUCAAGACCACUCCAAAGGAGGGUAUUACUAAGAGCAACCCUUCCAAACGGCAUCGGGAACGAUUGAAUGCUGAACUUGAUCUACUAGCUUCAUUAUUGCCGUUUGAACAAAACAUACUAAGUAAAUUGGAUCGACUUAGCAUCCUGCGUCUGUCGGUGAGCUAUCUAAGGAUAAAAAGUUACUUCCAAGUUGUAAUGCAUAAAGAAAAGAAUGAAAAUGGGCUAGUACCGCAUCCAGCAUCCGAGGAGAGCUACCGAGCACGCGAUUUUACAUCCUACGAUCACAGUUUUAUUGUAGAUAGCGACAUGUUCUUACAGGCAUUGAACGGAUUUAUAAUGAUUCUUACAUGCGAAGGAGAAGUAUUUUUUGCUACACACACAAUAGAAAGCUAUUUGGGAUUUCAUCAGUCGGACAUCAUUCAUCAAUCCGUAUACGAAUUGGUACAUUCUGAAGAUAGAGAGGAGCUGCAAAAACAACUAUUGUGGAAUUCCUUCUUACCAGCGGACCUCUCUGGCAUUCAGCUAUCAGAGGCUCUAGUGCCUGAGAAGGAUAAACUACUAGAACGCAGCUUCACAGUGCGGUUUAGAUGUUUACUUGAUAAUACAUCCGGGUUUUUGCGUUUGGAUAUAAGAGGUCGAGUGAAAAUUUUACACGGACAAAAUAAAAAAAAUGAAGAACCUCCGCUGGCCUUGUUCGCGUUCUGUACCCCAUUUGGACCGCCUAGCUUACUAGAAAUUCCACCAAAAGAAAAUAUGUUUAAGUCGAAACACAAGCUGGAUUUUUCGCUAGUCUCGAUGGAUCACAAAGGCAAAAACACUCUCGGAUACUCAGAUUCCGAGCUUGCAAAUAUGGGAGGGUACGAUUUGGUGCAUUACGAUGAUCUGGCAUACGUAGCCAGUGCUCAUCAGGAAUGUGUACGAGUUUUGGGCACCAACCAUGUUAUUACUCUAAAUUAUUCAUUUGCGAUUGCAGUGCUAAAGACUGGCGCGUCAGGAAUGAUAGCGUAUCGUUAUCAAAAGAAGGACGGUGCAUGGCAAUGGCUUCAAACAAGCUCCCGACUCGUGUAUAAAAACUCCAAGCCUGAUUUUGUAAUCUGUACUCAUCGCCAGCUGAUGGAAGAAGAAGGACGAGAUCUGCUUGGAAAACGUACAAUGGAUUUUAAAGUAAGCUAUUUGGAUGCUGGUAUUUCUUCGACCUAUUUCGAAUCGGAUCCUCUUAUCGUAAGUUCAAACAACACCAGUGCGCCUAGCUCUCCAACGACCUCGCAACAACGUGCCAACCGACGGUAUAAAACACAGCUGCGCGACUUUCUCUCCACUUGUCGCCAUAAGCGUAAACUUCCCAACCAGUGCUCCGUAGAACAGGUGUCUCCUAGUGUAUCGGUGGUAGAUUACAUUCCCGGUGGACCUCCUGGUACGGCCGCAGCAGCCGCUGCUGUAGCUGCUGCUGCGUAUACGAACAGCAUCAACAGUGUUUACUCACCAGCAGCACACUUUCCCGGCACUGCACCGGACAACGUGUACAUGGCUGGUCCUGUCCAUUCGCCGAACUUUUACCCGAUGCCCGAUAAUCUUUUCCACCAGUAUCGGCUGCAAGGUGUAAGUGGCUACUAUCCAGAGUAUCAUACCAGCACUAGUGCGUCCACCUUUGUACCUACUAACGGGCUUAUUCCGUACGACAGUUAUGGAAUCACUAAAGAGGACACCAUGCGGUGGCAUGAGGGGACAAAGAGCUACAUUGCAAGCGGUGAGCCGAUCCAAUCGCACCAGGCUAGUACCGAUGCGGCACAACAACAGGAAACACCCAGUGGAUGUGCUACAGGUGAAGCCACAUAUCUUGUCAGUGGCUUCCCGGCGGCUCCCAGUGCCGAUUCAAGAUCCCCUCAUGUCUCUAAAGGCCCGUGCCAACAGGGCAAGAGUGUGUCGCCGCAUUCUUCCGAGGAGCUGGUCGAUCCAUGCUGUACGGUAGAUGGUAACGCCACGCCGACCAAAGAUUCGAUAGAUCAUCACUCGCACCACAGUGCCCAUCAUCACCAUGGGCCGCACAGCACACAACACCACCACGCAGGCUCCCAUCAUCAUUCUCAUCAUCAUCAGCAUCCACAGCCAAGUACACACCACCAUGCAGUCCAGCAUCACCAGAACAUGCAGCAAUUGCAUUCACAUGCCCAGCAGCAUCAACAACAUCAGCAUAGGAAUGGUGAUGCAUUGGGAGAACAUAAGUUGAUCAAUACCAAGUCACCAGCAUCCACGUCGCCAGCUCGCUGUGAGCCCCAGCGCCAAACCGUUCUCAUGUGGGGUACGUCCUAUAGUAACGGUGCCAAUGCUGGCAAUGGUGAGCCUCAUGUCACAGGUAGCAACGAUUCACCAUCGUUCGAAUACAUCGACCCCACGGGAAGCUUUUCACUCGUCAAUCUGCCAAAGCCCUCCACAAUAGCCAUGAAUAACAACAGCAAUGCUACCACCUCGAGUGCUAUUCCCGUGGAGUCCUCCCAUCACCCUCCUGACACACCUACUAACAACCCCAGCCAAACUCAUCCGACUGCUCAUGAACCGCAAUCAGAAUCCGCUGGCGAAGCGAUUCUUGACGCAAUCGAUAGUAAACCCCGAGCGGUGACAAAAUCGUUGACAACACACACUGCACUUACGACGGCUAAGCCUCUGCAGCCCAGCGGUGGAGUCAGCUUGUUUGCAGGAAAACAAUCGAAAAGUUUUGCUAAUCAUACUAACCAGCACUCGCAGCAACAUCAAGCUGAGCCGUUAUCGGAUGGAUCGUCCGUUACUCCGAUCGACCCGACCAAUAUACCCGCUUCCGCCAAUACUAAAUGGUAUUGCACAGACGAUGCAUAA